CUAUAUCUUAAGCUUUGAGCUAGAAGAAAAGAAAAUUCUCCCCUUCCCCAUCUAAAGAAAGAACAUGGCCCUCAAGUGGGUUCUAAGCUCAGCAUUUACUCAAGUUUUUGGACAGUCAUCCUACGAUGCCAACAUGUCCCAGAAGGAGGUAAUGGCAUGCCCUACAAGUAGUGAAGUAAAGGACGUGAGCAGCUUCAAAAAGAAAAUUAUGGCCAUGGAGAUGGCGGACAAGAAAGGUUGUAGAGAAGAUGCGUACCCUAAUGGCUUCCAGAUGCCACUCCACUACCCUAGAUAUUCCAAGCAUGAUUAUGAGAAGAUGGAGGAGUGGAAGCUGGAUAUGCUCCUUAAAGAAUAUGGCCUUGUCCUUCCUAAGGAUACCCUUCUUCCUGAGAAGAGAGCUUUUGCUAUGGGGGCAUUUCUCUGGGCUGAUCAACUCUGAAAUUGCAGCUCUCGUCAGACACUUUCUUUCUAAUUCGAUUUCCUCACUAAUUUUGGCGACUUACCUAUAUGUGUGUGUGUGUGUGUGUGUAUGCCAGACGUAUGUAUCAUAUAGCUAGUUAGUACUAGCUAGCUAGUUGGUGCUUGUUUGAGAAAUAUCAUAUCUAUAUAUAUGGGUAUAAUCAUGAUCAGCCUCCCGUAAUA